CGACUCGUUCAACCCACUGAUACCAAUCGCGAUAGCGAAGGCUCUGUCUUUCUCAUGAUCUCAUCUCUGAAGCUCAACCAUUUCCAAACCUCUUCGGCUGCUUUAUUACAUCAGAGACCCAAUCGAUUUUGGAGAAGGGUUUGAUUUUGAGCUUGAAUUUGGGGUGAUACGACUUUCUUUUUAUUCUAGAAGAUGGUUUAUCACUCUAGUUUUGUAGAUGACGAAGGAAUUACUAAAGCAUGUGGGUUCCCUCUGUUGCCUUUGAAAAGCCACAUAAAGGGUCCUGCUCCAGUUUCAGAUCUAGAUAGGACUGAUAUUGUUGAUGAAGCAAUUACAUUCUUUCGCGCUAAUGUCUUCUUUAGAAACUUUGAUGUCAAGAGCUCGGCUGAUAAGCUUCUCAUUUAUCUGACAUUCUACAUUAAUGUGGCUUUGAAGAGGCUGGAAGGUUGCAGAACUUUGGCUGUAGGUACCAAAGCCAUUAUUAAUCUAGGUCUCGAAAAAGUCCCUGUGCCUGGAGAGCCAGGUUUCCCUUUGCCAGGCCUUUUUCCUGUCCCUCAAUCUGACGAGGAAGCAGAAUUGCUCAGGAAUUAUUUGAGGCAGAUAAGGGAGGAAGCAAGUGGGAGAUUGUUGAGUGUUGCUUAUAAAUCGAAUGGGACUCCUAACAAGUGGUGGUUGGCAUUUGCCAAAAGGAAAUUUAUGAACAUCAUUCUUCCAUCAUGAAUAGUUAGUCUCCUAAAAAAUUAUGAAUAGUUCUUGUAGAUUCUAUCCAGUUGGUAAUGAUUGCACAUAAUAACAUGUUUGAAAGAUCUUAUCAAGAUCAAAGGGGGUUAAAAGCUCACUCACUAUCUAUAUUUUGUUCUUUUCCUUUUUGCAGAUUCUUGUAUUGUAUUGCAAAUAAACUCAGACAUAAUAUUCUUCUGUUCUACAUUCUACUGUGAAAAUGCCUAAUGGCCAAAUACAUGAAUAGUUUUCGCCU